AGAGUCAGUUGAUCCGUACUCCCAAACAUCGUACACUCAGAUCCAGUACAAGUACCGUCCAUACUACCGUCAGUAUAAGUACACUCAAUCAGCAGUAUCACAUAUCCCUAUAGAUUCUACACAAUGUUGCGUUCUACUCGUUAUUUCAGCACCGCUGCCUCAGGAGUGAAAUUGACCUCCCGUGAAGCUUCAGGCAACUUAUCCACAUUGUCCGUUGUUGUUAAGAAUGCCGGUUCCAAGGAUGGAAAGUCUGGUGUUGCCCACUUAUUAUCCAAGUUUAACUUCUUGAACACUGGUGCCAAAUCUGCUUUGAGAUUCACCCGUGAAAGUGAAUUAUUGGGUGGUGUUUUCUCCUCCACCGUUGGUAGAGAUGCCACUGUGUUGAAGACCUCUUUCUUGAAGCAAGACUUGCCAUACUACGUUGAAGCUUUGGGUAACGUUUUGACCAACACUUCUUACCGUCCCCACGAGCUCAAGGAAGUUGUUUUGCCAGCUGCCCUUGCUGAAAGCGCUGCUGCCCAUGGCUCUAACGCCUUCACUGCUUUGGAAGCUUUGCACGAAGUUUCCUUCAGAAGAGGUUUGGGUCAACCAUUGUACUACGAUGGUACCACCAAGAUCUCCGUUGACGAGAUCGCUGAAUUCGCCUCCAAGGCCUACAACACCUCUGCCGUCAGCAUCCACGCCUCUGGUGUCAACGGUGAAGACUUGGCCAAGUUCGUCGAAGAAUCUGCUUUCUCUGCAUUGGCAUCUGGUGCUUCUUCCUCCCCAUCCGUUGAAUCUUUCACCGGUAAGGAAGCUCGUAUCAGAGCUUCCGGUGAAUCCGUUGCUUUGAUUGGUAUUCCAGUCAAGCCAGCUGACUUCGGUAAGUACGAAGUCUUGUCUGCUGCCAUUGGUAACUCCCAAUUGCCAGGUGUCUCCACCCCAUUGGCCAAGAUCCCAGGUGCCACUUCCUUCUUAUACAAAUACCAAGAUGCUGGUUUGUUCGUGGUUUCUGUCUCUGGUUCCGGUGUCAACGUUGCCCAAGGUAUCAAGGAAGCUAAGAAGGCUCUUUCUGUUUCCGACUCUGCUUUGACCGAAGCCACUAAAGCUGCUGAAUUAUCUGUUGCAUUACAAUCCACCUUCGAAGCCCCAUUGUCUGUCAAGGUUGAAGCCGGUAAGGCCCCAGUCUCCGAGUUCAACUACGUGGCUAUCGGUGAUGUUGACUACUUACCUUACGCCAACGAAUUAUAAAUUUCCUGUGCAUAAUCCUGAGGUAAUAGUCCUUGCUAAUCCAUUCACGUUCAUCAAAAAUGGCUGGGUAGUCAUUGCCUGACCCUUCUUCUAUAACAAAUAUACAAUGUAUCGACCAGCGGUAG